AUGCAAGACGAUACGGGUCAUAACAUAUCGGCUCUCAGGCCCGAGGACCUCGAAAAGGUACAGGGGCUUUGGAAGUUUCAAGUGCACCGCGUCAAGGCACAGACGUGGGCUUACCGGGAUAUCAAGUUCCUGGUGUACGAUGACACCGUCGACGCGGAGGAUGGCGACUCGAAGGCAGGCCAAAGCAGCAAGAACACCGUGGUACCCGAGCACUCUCCCAGGCUCAAGUCGACGAGUCCUGGCCCUGGUUCAUCCGCUUUACCACAAACCCUUCCGGAUAGCGACGAGGAUCCCAUAUUCAAGCAAGCAAUUAUCGCGUCCUUGAAGCAACCGGAAUCGGAAGCUGGGCCAUCUACGGCAUCCGAACACCCUCCAGAAGACGACAAUAUGGACGAUACAGAACUUCAAGAGUCCAUCCGUUUGUCACUGAUGAAAGACGAUGAGUUCAGCAACACACCGAUCACAGCGGAGCCCCUGAACUCGACUGCCGGGCCAUCUUCAGCAUCCAAAGGAACCCCCGUAGACGAGGAGAUGGAGACCCGGAGCUUCAAGAGGCCAUUCGUCUAUCAUUGA